AUUCAUGCCUUUGUACACAAGUUUAUGGACUUUUCAAUUUUACCUUUAAAUGGCCAUUAUCUUUGUAUAUCGUGUAUAAAAAUACCGACGUAUCCCCGGGGUAUACAACAGGGUAUAGUUUAAACGAUUUAUAAAACGUGAUAUGAGAGUUGUCGAAAUGAUUUAAGCUUAUCCAACCGUGGUAAAAAGAAACGAUCUUACAUAAGCUUAAAUUAGAACAACUUUCUUUUUUAAAUACAGGAUUCUUAUAUUGUGCAGAUCGGAUAGGUACAAUGGCUAAUUUCACACGGACAUUUAUUUUCCUUAUCCUGUUUAGUGCAGGCGCGCAGCUGCACAUAAUACUCGCAGAGAGGAGCGCUGCAGUAUAAAUAGAUAGAUAGAUAGAUAGAUAGAUAAUACCAGAUUUAUAUAACGCCCUUUUCACGAUAAACACGUUCAAAGGCGCUCUACAUAUAGCAACUGCAGCCACACAGGGUGCGAAAUCAUCCUCUACUAGUACAGACACAGAGCGAUCUGACCAGAGGGACAGACGGAGAUCAAGCACCCGGAACAGACGAAAUGAUUUAAGCUUAUCCAACCGUGGUAAAAAGAAACGAUCUUACAUAAGCUUAAAUUAGAACAAGUUUCUUUUUUAAAUACAGGAUUCUUAUAUUGUGCAGAUCGGAUAGGUACAAUGGCUAAUUUCACACGGACAUUUAUUUUCCUUAUCCUGUUUAGUGCAGGUGUUAAGGUCUUUGGGUCCCCUUGUUCAAGUGAAAAUCGUUCAACGAACAUGGCCGCUUGUUUGAAUGCAAUAAAGGACUCGAUGUUUGAUACCAGCUUAUUUUGGUUUGGGGACUCGUAUACUACAAGAUGUCCCAAUGGAAUGGCUAGUGGCAUGCUAUGUAUGAACUCCAAGCCAGAAGGAACAAGUUUAGCUACACGCACGUUCUCAAACACGUCGCUUGCCCAGAGCGUGGACAGAUUCUUGGAGCUGCACUACCGGUCUGACGGAAAGAAUUACACAGCCUGUGGAAACCAUUUUCUAACGAAUGAAACAUGGUCCAUGGAUAUAGAUCCUACUUCUGACGUCAUUGUGUAUCCGUGGUACGUGAGACACUUCCCAGAGAAUGUUGAUUGGGAUUACUCUGCAGGAGAUCUAUUUACCUUAAUGGUGUAUGAUGUAGCAUACCUGGUAUCGCAUGGAAUCUACGUUAAUAUUCAGGGAAACAAUAUGUCAACGGCUGAGGUAAUAAAAGCAUACCACGGACCUCUAGUAUCUACAGACCUCCAUAUUCCAUACAUAUUUAUGUUAUUCAAACAAAAUGGGCGUGUCACUGUCUCCCAAGAAUGGAAGGAUAAGGUUCAUACCCAAAACUGGGGAGUAAUGUGGACCGUGGAAGAGUUCAUUGGUGCUGUAAAUAUUCAUGAUAUGGUGGCCAUUAACUGGAUCGUAGCCACGGGAGACGCGUGGGCUGCAGAAACCAUGAUGAGCCUACGGGUAACAGUCACGUGCCCAGCAUACGUCACAAAAGCUCUGCAUGAAAAGCCAAGACCAUUUAUACCACAAAACGCUUCUCUGUCUGUGUGGAUGGACUUAGAGUUCAUGUCAGAAGGAGGCAACUUUACUGUAUGCUGUAAAGAUUACACUUAUGAGCCCCGCAACUUCAAACUGAAUCCUAUUGGUAACCCUAUAUUUAAUACGUACGAAGUUCGAACAGGGACACCAUACAAGCUGUCAAUGAUGAAGAUGGGCAUAUAUGCUCAGGCAACUGACUUCACAGGAGACAUGUACACUUUGAUUACACUAGAUCCUGAUGUCCCAUAUCCAUCGUUUGCUACGGAGGAAAGACCUCUCCUUCAUGGCAUGGUAGUUAAUAUCAUGAAUGGCAAUAUAUCAACUGGUGAUGUAGGACUUGCGUAUCAAGGACCAGCUCCACCGGACAAUAAACCACACUACUACUACUUCCUGUUGUACAAGCAACAAGCCAAGUUAAACGUGACAAACAUGAUGAACUAUGUGGGCGAAAAUUGUGGAAACAGGUGUUUGUACAAUAUAAAUGAAGCAGUAGCGGAAAACAACCUUGAACUGGUGGGUGCAACCUGGCUGCGAGCAACCACAGACGAAUAUGUUAUUUAUAGAAAUAUUCAGAAAGGUGACAACGAGGAUCAGCAGUGUCAAGGUCAGGAAGGAUACACGAACCCGUGCCCAGUUCGAAAAGAAGCUUGUUCGGCUGAUAAUCGGCGCAGGGACAUGCAGACAUGUCUUGAUGGCAUUGAGCAAAUUUUCUAUGAUACUAAUCAGUUUUGGUUUGGUGAGGACUAUUUCAAGCACUGUCCGAAUGGACUGGGCAGUGGACCACAGUGCCAAAACUUCAACCCAGCAGGGACCAGCAUAGCAACCAGAGUAUUUACAAGUUUGGAUGCUUUGAGCAGAAUAUCAAUAGACAGAUUUUUGACUUUGCAUUUUGAGUCAGCUGGAAAGGACUAUACAGCCUGUGGAAAUGAAUUCAAAACAACAGAGGUAUGGAGGAUGGACACGAACCCCACUUCUGACACAAUUGUCUAUCCCUGGUACGUGAAAAAUUUCCCGGUCGAGGUUAGCUGGGAUUAUAAUGCGGGAGAUUAUUACACGCUGAUGGUGUAUGACGUAGGAUAUCUGGUGUCACAUGGCGUCUAUACAAACAUCCAGGGAGAUGAUAUGACCACUGCAGAGGAUAUAAAACCCUAUCAUGGACCAUUAAUUACACAUGAUCUACAUAACCCGUACGUAUUCAUGCUGUUCAAACAAAAUGACCGUAUAAACGUCUCCGAAGCUUGGAAAAACAAAAUAAAUAGUCAGGAUUGGACCGUCAGAUGGACCGUUGAAGCGUUUGCAAAUGAUUACAAUCUAACAGGACCAGUGGCUAUAAACUGGAUCGUUGCUACGGGAGAUGAAUGGGCUGCUGAAACAAUGAUGUCACGACGGGUACUUGCAAUGUGUCCUGUAUUCGUUACACGAGCAAUGCACGAGAAACCAAGACCUUUUAUUCCUGAAGAUACAUCUUUAACAGUUUGGGUAAACGUCGAAUUUAUGACUGAGGACCAUGAAUAUACAGUCUGUUGCAAAAAUUUUGAUUACAGAGCCCGUAACUUUAGUCUGAACCCGAUUGGUAAUCCAGUUUACAAAUCAUGGGAGGUCCGGACAGAAACCAAACAGUCAGUGUCAUUUAUGAAGCUCGGAUCUUAUACCCAGGCUAAAAACUUUACCGGUGAUUGGUAUACCAUGAUAACGUUGGAUCCAGAUGUUCCGUCCAGUAUAGCUGGCACAGAAGAGCGCCCUCUCCUUCAUGGACUGAUUACAAAUAUCAUGGACGGAAAUGUAAGCACUGGUCAUGUUGGCAGGGCAUAUUCAGGUCCAACACCUCCGGACUAUAAGCCACAUUACUAUUACACCCUUUUAUACAAACAAAGAUCGACAUUGAAUGCGACAGAAAUGUUAAACUACGCAGACAGUUCUUGUUCAGGUGGAUUAAUCGGAAGGUCAGUUGUUUCUGAUACUGUUUAA